CGUGCCUUCUUCACUUUAAAGGUCACGUUACUAGUUCCUGCAUGUGAGCAUUCGAUCUCUUCCUAACUUAGGCCAUUAAAGGUUUUUGGGUCUUUGCUAUCAUCUCUCUCUUCUCUUCCUCCUCUUCAUCCAUGUCUUAAGUACCCAACCCUCUCUCUCUCACCCACACACACACACACACCCACACCAUGAUGCCCCCUGAUCAUGAUAAUAGGGUCACCGGAGGUCCAGCUAACGUUCUAGUUGGUCACCGGACCGAGAACAUUUCUGUCCAUGCUGAGCCACCUGGUUCAGCCAGUAACGUGAGCCCUUGUUCGGAUGAUCGAAUGCCAGACCAACAACAAGCAGCCCCGGCUAGAUUUUCGGUUCUACGUGAAUCAUUACGCCCCGUAACACUGAAGUUUGAAGACGUGGCAUACACCAUUAAAUUGCAGACUAAUGAAGGAAACUGUGUUUCUUCAUCUGAACCAAAGGCAACCACUCGCACAGUACUCAAUGGUGUGACCGGUAUUGUUCGACCAGGUGAACUACUAGCAAUGCUCGGCCCCUCCGGCAGCGGCAAGACCACCCUCUUAACAGCUCUAGCCGGAAGGUUACCGGGAAAAAUUUCCGGCACCAUAACAUACAAUGGACAACCCUUCUCUUGCUCCAUGAAGAGAAAAACAGGUUUCGUUUCACAAGAUGAUGUGUUAUACCCUCAUCUCACAGUGAUGGAAACCUUAACAUAUGCAGCUUUACUAAGGCUUCCAAACAAGCUGACCAAAGAAGAGAAAAUUGAACAAGCUGAAUUGGUUAUCAUGGAGCUUGGAUUGACUGGAUGCCAGAACAGUGUCAUCGGGGGACCUCUUCUCCGGGGACUAUCGGGCGGUGAGCGGAAAAGGGUGAGCAUUGGGCAUGAGAUGCUGGUGAAUCCAAACCUGUUGUUGCUAGAUGAGCCAACUUCAGGGUUGGACUCAACCACGGCUCAGCGGAUUGUGGGUACAAUUCGUGGUUUGGCACGAGGAGGGAGGACUGUCAUUACAACAAUUCAUCAGCCUUCAAGUAGGUUGUAUACGAUGUUUGAUAAGGUGGUGGUGUUGUCGGAGGGAUGUCCGAUUUACAGUGGGAGUGCCAGUCGGGUGAUGGAGUAUUUUGGUUCCAUGGGUUACAUGCCUGGACUCAAUUUUGUCAACCCUGCUGAUUUCUUGCUUGAUCUUGCUAGUGGUGUAUGUCCUGAUACAAGGCAUGAUGAUCAACAGGAAUUUCAUGGAAGAACAAACCAUGAUGAUGAUCAAAAUUCAACCAAACAGUCCCUAAUAUCGUCGUACAAAAAGAACUUAUACCCUGCCUUGAAGGAUGAGAUUCAUCGAAGUUGCAGAGACCCUCUUAGCUCUGGAGGAACAUCUUCAUGGAGAGGUUGUGAGAAUCAAUGGACCACCAGCUGGUGGUUGCAAUUCAAGGUUCUGCUGAGAAGGGGACUUAAUGAAAGAAGGCAUGAGUCGUAUUCGGGUCUAAGGAUUUUCCAGGUCAUGUCUGUGUCGUUUCUUUCAGGACUCUUAUGGUGGCAUUGUCACAUUAACCAUAUACAAGAUCAGGUGGGACUUCUCUUCUUCCUCGCAAUCUUCUGGGGCUUCUUGCCUCUGUCAAGUGCCAUAUUCGCGUUCCCACAAGAGCGGCCAAUGCUAAUAAAAGAGCAAGCCUCAGGAAUGUACCGUCUCUCCUCCUAUUACUUUGCCCGCUUGGCUGGUGACUUUCCAAUGGAACUUGUGCUUCCAACCAUUUUUGUAACCAUCACAUAUUGGAUGGGAGGCCUAAAGCCCUCGCUUGUUACAUUCACUCUAACCCUCUUGAUCAUCCUGUUAAAUGUGCUGGUCUCUCAAGGACUUGGGCUAGCCCUCGGGGCCUUUCUAAUGGAUAUGAAGCAGGCCACGACGUUGUCUUCUGUGACCAUCCUCGUGUUCUUGAUAGCCAGUGGAUACUACAUUCAGCACAUUCCGCCAUUUAUAGCUUGGUUGAAAUACAUAUCAUUUCCUCAUUAUUGUUAUAAGCUUCUUGUGGGAGUGCAGUAUUCGGAGAAUGAGGUUUAUGAAUGUAGCCUAGGAGGGCAUUGCAGGGUACUCGAUUUCCCGGGGAUUAAGUUUUUGGGGCUUGACAAUAAGUGGUGGGAUGUGGCUGCUUUGGUUGUAAUGUUGGUGGGAUAUAGGCUUUUGGCUUAUGUAGCAUUGAUGAGGAUGGGGCAACCUCACUGACUAUAUAUGCUAAUAUUAGGCAGAGACUGAAGCUUAUCUGUUGAAGCUAAUGGAAUUGAUCAAGAUUUCCCAAGAAAUGACUAGAUGACCUCGAUGGAGCGAUGCUAUAUUAACACCCCAAUUUGUAAAUCUCAAUGAAUUUGUGGAACACUUUGUGUCCUGUAAUCUGAAACAAAUGUAAGUGAAUUUGUACUGAAAUGUCUAACCUUUGAUUCUCUAGCGAUAACUAUGAAGUAAUAGAAAGUGGAAGGAGAAAGAAAACCAGAAAGGUUAUUGUCCAAUUAUGUUUUGCCAUUGCAAUGUGCUAUAUGAGUUAGACUAGAAAUAAACCCAACCUUAACCAUAAUUUGCAGAAAUAAUAUUACUAUUGCACAAAGCAAUGGUCACCUAGCAAGAUUAAUGGCUAUGUGAUCCAAGAGUCAGAAAAGACUAUCACAUUCUUGAGUGACACUAUAUGCUAGCCAUUAGUUUUGUCUUAGCCUAGGUACUGCGAUUUUACUGUAAACUUGGUCAUUCAUAUGAACUCAAUUAAUCAUACAGCAGUGCGCAGCUUGGGGCUAUACAGAUUACCUGCAUAAGCCUUUUGCUCGUUAAAAAGUUCAAAUUUUGAUUAUGCAGCUACUCAGGAAGUGAAUGGAAGUAAAUUAAGCAAGAAUGACCAAAAUAAUUUGGCUUCUAUUCAGCUGUAAAUCUAGCCUCUUUUCUUAGCUUCUUACCAAAAGCAAGCGUUCUUCUUUUCAGAUAAACAUCAACAUAUCUCUCUGAGGGAAGUGCACAAAACUCUCUUACCACAGCUAAGUAAUAAAAUCUACUUUUCUGAAUGCUUUGCAAUCAGUAAACAGAGUUGUCUUCACAAGUACUUUAUACCAUUCUGUGUUAAGGCAAAUAUUGUUUAGAUCAGGCCAAUGAAACCAAUUUUUUUUCACCUUUUAAAUGUGUAUAAGGGCGCAAAUCAAAAGGUAGCAAGUCUUUUGUUGUUACAUC